GGACCUUUAAAACAGAAGUUAAGUCCCGCCCCUGUAAUGACGCAAGAGUUGUUUGCCGGGUGACGCGGCUUGUACACGUAGCCUGAAGAUGGUGGCCGAGUGUCAUACUCGCCAUCCUGCGCAUUUCUAUGACUGAUUUCAACUCUCAAGUGAGAUCUUCUGAGUGACUGGUUGCAACACUGCUGCCAUGCAGCCUCCUCCUCGGACUGGACUUCCGAGAGCUUCCGGCCCUCCUCCUCCUUCUGGGCCCAAUAUGUUCCGCAGGACCAGGCCUCAAAAGGCUACAGCAGGGAUAGCGUCUCACUCAAUGCCACCUUCUACCCAACCCAUGACGGAUCCCUUUGCUUUUGUCCGAGGUCCCCCUCCUUCUAUGGCUGCAGAUGGUUUCCCAGUACCCAACAGCAACUCUCUUUUAUCGCAAGCCCCACCUGAUACCACCUCUACCCUGGCGGGUUCAGGUGUGCCUCCGCUGCCGCACACACUGGAGAAUGUCCCAGCUGCUCCAUCUGCCCCCUUGCCGUCCUCUCUGCCCGGUGUGCCCAUGUUCAGCCCUCAUAGUGCAGCCAAUCCUGGAGCUUAUCCAGCACCAAGUCAUACUGCUUAUGCCCCUUCACAUUCUGAACAGAGUUACCUUAACUCGAGAGCGCAACCGACAUUCAUGGCCGCAGAACCGCCGUCUGUGCCGUCAGCUCCGGUACAAAGUCAGACUUUUAAUCAGGAUAUCCACGGGCAGUCUCUUCCUCAGUUUGUCUCCUUUCAGCCUUUGCCUCCUGCUACCACUUCUUCUCAUAGAUCUUCUGACCAUGGAAGUCGCCCUCCAUCUGUUCAGAAUUAUUUUCAGCCUACCAAUGACCCUCCACAACAGCCUUUUAUGUACCCGUCAAAUACUCCCACCCCUCCAACACAACUUGGUCAUCCCCAAAUACAGAAUCCUAUUCCUCAUCAGAACCUUGUAAACGCCACCAGCUCUCAAUGGGUUGUACCAAAUACAACCCAACAGAAUAACUCACAUUCCCAGAACCAGACCUACCAAAUGCCAAGUUCUGCCCCGCAUGAGGCAUGGUUCAACCAAGCGCCACGUGACCCGGCCUACCACCAAAUGGGGACUGCCCCGGUGCAUCUGCAACCGAACUCUGAUAGUAGAGCCCAUCAAGCGUCAAACACAGCUCCCCAGAAUGGCGGCUCUGCCUCAGCAACAGUCCCAUACUCUCAGAAUUCUGGCACACUCUCUAUGUUUUUUAAUGACAAUGAUGUCGAAAAUGAGGAAACUUUGGCUGGAGAGAGAAGUAAUGUCAUAAAUGGUAUUCCUGAAUCUUUGCGACCUGUGAGUAACCCACAAAUUGUUCCACCUGCCCACAAUGUUCCUGCAGAUGUUCCAUUUGAUAACCAAGGAUCAUGUUUUCAGGACAAUUCUCACAUACCAUACAUGAGUGACGGAAACGCCACGCCACAGGCAAAUCCCUCUGAUUCCCAUUAUGACCAUGUAGAGAAUUUUGAAUGUGUCCCAAAUCUGGAGGUAUUGCCCAGUGAAACUCAAGGUACUCUUGAAGUUAACACAUUUGAAACUGGGCCUAACCUGGAGACUCCUGAUUCUAUUCCCAGACCAAUGAGGUCUGCUAGUGCAUCAUCAAACUACAGUAAUAUUAGUCACGGAAGUGGGACUGUUAGCCGUCGACAUCAGGGUGUAGUUGGUACCUUUAUUCAGCAGGAAAGCCCACGACCCACUGAUGAUACAAACUCUCCUCCUGCCACUUCUGCUGCUUGUGGAGGUUACUUUGAACAGAUUGACUCUUUUCCAGCUGGAGAUGUGGCAACACAGCAGAAGUCUUCGGAGCAGAUGUGGUCCGCAACACCGAGCCCCCCAAAACCAACCGGCAACUUUCAGGCCAGUGCUAACAGCUCCUUUGAGCCUGUUCGCUCACAUGGGGUCGGGGUGCGGCCAAUUGAGGUUGAUAGAGCAAAAAUGGUUGCAGAAGCUGGCACUGAUGCUACGCCUGGCAACCUGGAGCAGCCACCAGAUAAUAUGGAAAAUAUUUAUGGGCCAGGACACCCUCUCCCUGUUGGUGUUCCUCACCUGGCAAACCCCACAGUUCAGUCACUCUCACGACCCUCUUCGCGUACUUUUGGUGCCAGUCGGCCCUGUGACAGCCCUGCCACUACUUUAUGGGCUCACGGUGACCCUACGAGCUUGGCCACUAACAUUCUUUUAGUGCCUGCUGCCCCGACUGUUCUUGCGCCUCUAAGGGAGCCUAGUGCUGAUGUCAUUCAGCCUCCAGAGGAUGGCCCACUGGAACUUCAUCCUCAGAGAAUCCAACCAACACCACAGCAACAUUUAGAGAACCUUGAAAACCCACCAAAGGUGAGUGAGUUAGAUGCAACAGACUCCCAAGGCAACCUGGGCUACGCGUCUCUCCUGCUUUCCGAUUCGCUACAGCAGCCUGUUCUGAUUGCGCCACCUGUGUCUAAUUACAAUGUAAUCAUCCCUACUGCCCCUGUGCAAGUGGCAAGUCAGGGUACCCCAACUGUGAGAACAAAAAGUGCUAGUACAUCCCACGCAACUGCGCUGCCCCAGAAUCAGAAUCCACUUUGCUCACCUGCCUCUACCUCAAACCCUGCCCCGCUCGAUCUGACCCUCGACGGAGAAGCGGCAACUUCAGGAGUGGCUUUGUCACAACCUCAUACAGUCCGCCCGCCUUUUUCUCAAGGCCAGUCAUUGAGUGGAGACCCCCACUUUGGGCACCAAGUUAAUUAUGCGACUUCUCUUGCCGCUGCUUCUGUCACCAAUCACAAUCAGCCCUCAAAUUAUGAACUGCUUGAUUUUUCUAUGCACCAAUCACAAAGCAAAAAUCAAGCACCUAGCCAUCCUCCGACUUUACACGAGUCUCCACAGUUUAGUAAUGGAUUUUACAUGCAGGUCACCAAAGAUGCACAGCGAGGGGUAAGAGUGGAAGAGAAUGUACAGGUACAGCCAGCUUCAUCAUCCACCACACAGGUGCCACUGGCCUCUUCAUCAAUCCCAGGGGCCCGACCGACCUCAGCUGCUAACACUUCGCAGCCACAACUGGAACCUCCAAGAAGGCCAGAUUCAAAUGAAACAACACAGAGACAAAGUGUCUCAGCUGUUCCAAUGGAGGGAGCACCGCCACUGUCUGGCCAGUAUCCAAAUCCAGUACUUGAUCCUGCUACUGCAGGUGCUCUUCCUGCUGCAGGUGCUCUUCCUGCUGCAGGUGCUCUUCCUGCUGCAGGUGCUCUUCCUGCUGCAGGUGCUCUUCCUGCUGCAGGUCCACGCCUUGAUGCAGGUCCACCUGGACCUCCUGGGCCACUUCCUCAUGGGUCUUCCCAGCCAGCUCCAGCUGAGCCACCUCGACCACCUUCUUCUGCUGGCAGUCAGCAGGGUUAUGGUCUCCCUCAUCCUGGGCCGGGGCAGAUGUACGGAGGCUAUUAUGGAAGCUAUGGAGAAUACCCAGAUGGCCUAGCACCGUAUGCUCCUGGACCAUACCCACCUGGGGAUCCUAGAGCUCAGCAGUAUUAUCAGGAUGGAUCCAAUAGAGGCAGAGGAGAUCCGUGGUUUGGCAGAUACGAGGGCCCGAACCCAGCAUACCGUGACCCAAACUAUCAGUACAAAGAGCCUCAGCAGGAGCGACCUAACUCCAGGGCUAGUCAGUACUCUGAUAGACCACCAUCCAGGCAAGGCUAUCCUGAUGACUACCACAGAGCGAACCAAAGUGCCUAUGAUGAAUAUUAUGCAAAUUACGCCAAGCACUAUGAAUAUGCAGGAUACAACUAUGGACAAUUUGAUCCCAGAUACAGAGCAUAUUAUGACCAGUCCUACUGGUCCACUUAUGAUGACAGCUACAGAGGCAGAGAAAACUACUACAAUCAACAAAUGUAUCCUACUAGGAAAGAUGGCUAUGAUGACCAGUGGCGGUACUACCCUGGUUAUGAUAGUAGUUUCGAUGAUGAUUACCGCCGGCGUGGAGAGGCAUACAAUGACGACUUUGACCGACGCAGUGUACACAGUGAGCAGUCGGCACACAGCGUGCACAGCUCUCAUAGCCACCACAGCAGGCGUAGCAGUUUCAGCUCAAGGUCGCAACCGAGUCAGGUGUACAGGAGCCAGCCAGACUUGGUGUCAGCAGGCUAUGAUGCCACAUCAUCCACUUUAGCAGUGGACUAUUCCUAUGGACAGUAUCCAAACCAGACGGAUGCCUCCCAGAACUAUGAGCAGUAUCUGUAUCCCUCUGGCUACAAAGCAGACAGCACCUGGGUUGCCGCUGAACAGCCACCGCCACGUCCAGUAACCCCAGAGAAGUUUACAAUGCCCCACCGUUGUGCCCGCUUUGGACCUGGUGGUCAUCUGGUUCAGGUUCUGCCUAAUCUUCCCUCAGCUGGACAACCUGCUCUUGUUGAUAUUCACAACCUUGAGACGAUGCUGCAGAACACCUCGGAUCAGGAAGAACUACGAGCCUUUCCUGGACCUCUUGUUAAGGAGGAAACUCACAAGGUUGACGUCAUAAAGUUCUCCCAGAAUAAAGCACUAACAUGUUCCUAUGACGACAACCUCUUAGACCGGGACUCUGCCCGCCUACUUUGGGACUUUAUUGUUUUGCUGUGUAGACAAAAUGGGACUGUAGUUGGCACCGAUAUUGCUGACCUGUUGUUGAAAGAGCAUCGCUCUGUGUGGCUACCUGGCAAGAGUCCUAAUGAAGCAAACUUAAUUGAUUUCAACAAUGAACCACUGGCAAGAGCGGAGGAGGAACCAGGAACUGGGCCGCUGUCCCUUCUGUCAGACACUUUCAUGACGGUCCCAGAAAACGUUGGCAAAGAAACUGAACGCUUUAGAGAGUUGCUAUUGUUUGGCCGCAAGAAGGAUGCACUUGAAGCCGCUAUGAAGGGAGGUCUCUGGGGACACGCCCUCCUUUUGGCCAGCAAGAUGGACAACAGGACACACGCACGUGUAAUGACAAGGUUUGCCAACAGUUUGCCUAUUAAUGACCCUCUCCAGACAGUGUAUCAGCUCAUGUCAGGGAGAAUGCCUGCAUCAGCUACUUGUUGCGGUGAGGCAAAGUGGGGCGAUUGGCGCCCUCACCUGGCCAUGGUUCUAUCGAACCUGACACACACGUUGGACCUUGAUACACGCACUAUCACAACUAUGGGAGACACUCUUGCUUCAAAGGGGCUCAUUGAUGCGGCACACUUCUGCUACUUGAUGGCUCAAGUUGGCCUUGGUGUAUACACGAAAAAGAGCACCAAGAUGGUUCUGAUAGGCUCCAACCACAGUUUGUCUUUCUUCGACUUUGCAACCAACGAAGCAAUCCAGAGGACAGAGGCCUAUGAGUACGCGCAAUCACUGGGCUCCCAGCCUCACUCACUGCCCAAUUUUCAGGUCUUCAAGUUGAUCUAUGCAUGCCGUUUGGCUGAAGCAGGUCUGAGUGCUCAGGCCUUCCACUACUGUGAAGUCAUCUCUCGGACUGUCCUUAUGCAGCCGUCCCAUUACUCCCCUGUUUUCAUUAGUCAAGUCAUCCAGAUGUCUGAAAAGCUCAGAUUCUUCGACCCACAACUGAAGGAGAGGCCAGAGCAGGAAUUGUUCAUUGAGCCAGAUUGGCUGAUCCAGCUCAGACAGCUGGAUGGGCAGAUCAGGACUGGGGCAAUUACUUAUAACCCCGACAGAACGACUCCAACACAGUUUUCCAGCAGCAGCCCCAGCUCAGAUCUCGAGCACCCCAGUCCAGCUGAACCUUACAACAUGUCAAUGGAUGUGGAUGGCCCCACCGCUGACAAUCCAUUGAUGAGCUCAUUCCUGCCUGGGUCUCCACCUCAGGGUGUACAGCUAAUGCCGCCAGCUCCUACCUCCAUUCUCCAAGAUGGAAUGGCCCCGUCUCAGCCCCCUUGCAACAUGCCUGAAUUCUACCCAGUUCCACCAAGUGGAGCACCCGGACAUAUUCCUAUGUCAGGCUACCCUCCUCAGGAUCCCACAUAUGCUCAUCCCCACUUCUAUCCUUCACCUGAGCAGUCAGAAAUGUAUCCAGGAGCUUAUCAGCAACCAUGCCACUCACCCUCUCAAGUGAGCCAGAUGUCACCAGUCAUGCCCCCACCCCAGGUGCCGCAUUCACCAGUGCAAAUGAGCCAUCAGCUGCCUGCGCACAUGCCACCGUCACCUGGGCAUGUUCCCUCCCUCGAGCCCCCGUCUCACAUCCACCAUGAGAUGCAUAUGACUCAAUCAAUAUCCAACUCCCCACGCAAAUUCUCCCUCACACCUCAGAUGGACUUCUAUGACCACAUGGCACAGCUGGGUCCCGGGAGGAGAUCAAGGACUACUUCGCAGUCUUCGGUGCACCGGGCUUCGGGGCGUCGUUCUCGUACUACAUCUGAGUCUUCGACUCACUCCGGAGGGCGUGAGAGAAGCAAUUCGGCUGUCAAGCAGGCCUCUCCUCCGCCUCCCUCUAUUCCUGAACAGCCCCGCAAAGAGGAGACCAAGAAAGCCAAAAAGGACUCCCCCAAAAAGGGUGGUGGCGGCGUGGGCUGGCUGACGUGGCUUUACAGGAAGGGCAAGAAUGAGGCUCACUUACCAGAUGAUAAAAAUAAAUCUAUUGUGUGGGACGGAACGAAGCAGAAAUGGGUAGACUUAAACGAGCCAGAGGAGGAGAGUAAGCUCCUUCCACCACCUCCUCCUGGGUUCCCCAAGAUGGCUCCCAUGCCUGCUGUUGCAGGGCCUGCAUCAUCCCCAAGCAGCGGUCCUCCAGUCAACAUGUUCUCCAGGAGAGCCGGCAUUAGGAGUCGAUAUGUAGAUGUGCUCAACCCCGGUGUAACUGCUAAACCAGCCGGAUUGGCUCCUGCUCCUCCUAUGGACCUUUUUGCUCCUCUUGCACCAAUGUCAAUGCCUGCAAACCUAUUUGUGCCUAGUUCAGCUCCCAAUGAUCAACAACCUCUAGAGGGCAGUGAAGGGUCGAAUCAGGAACAGACCUCAUCAAACAGCUCGGUUCCACAGAUGUUCAAUCCAACGCUGUUACCGCCUGUCCCACAAGGUCCUUCUGUGCAUGAUGGGUCGCAGUCUGGAGAGCUCUCACGUUCUAGCUCAAUGAGUUCUUUAUCACGCGAAGUGAGUCAGCAUUUAAACCAGAGUCGUCCAAGCCUGAGGAAUGCAUCUGUAGGGGGUGGCACCUUUUUGUAACCUAUGUGAACACAGUGAUAUCUGGAGGAGUUGAUGAAGUGAACAUCUCGACUGUAAGCACUUGUUGGACUAAGUGUUCCGCUACCUGGAAGUCAACGAAGCAUGAAGAUGAGCUGCUGUGUGUCUGAAGGAACCUUUCUCGGAGAACGACUAUUCACCAUCGUGUCAGUCAACAGUUUAGCCACUUGUUCCUCUUGAAUUCCAUAAUGGCUACAAAUUAUAUUUUUUAACAAAUCUAGUGUUUUUUUCUUGAGCAGAAGUCUCUGCUGCCUUCACAUAAACAUGCAGGCAUUACAUAGUGUACAAAUAAAAGCCCUCUCUGCUGUCCAGCUUCACUUUAAUCACAAGCAGCAUCCUGUAUCUUCUCAGUCUUGUGUCUUAAAAGUCCAAUAGUUUGACUGAUUUUGUGUGAGAUGGAUAGAGAGAAAGAAGCACCUUUUUAUAAGUUUCAUAUUGUGGUGUUGUAUGCCGUUCUUCAGGGUUCCACUGGAGACAGCAUGCUGUGUGCAAGAAUGACCAGUGUCUGUAGUGCUUUGUCUGCUGUGUUGUGUGCUUUCCCUCCUCCUGUCAAUGACUACAAGCAAACAGACUGGAGUUGGACUAAUUCAGCGAUGUGAAGAUGCCGCAUGUUUCCACAUAAUUUAUUUCAUGUCCUUUCAAUCAGUGAGUCAACUUUGAAGGGUGUUUGGUCCCAGUUUGGACCAAAUAUUUCCCGCCCAAUGAGUAGUGUCUUCAGACCAGCAGGAAUCAUGAACAGUGCAAAAAAUAAAAAAUAAAUCUAUCCAAA